CUUUGUCCCCCUCUCGCCCCGCUGCCAUGUCUGACAGCCCCCCACGUACAAGGGCGGCAGAGACAGAAAGCCCAGACCUCAUUCCGACGACCCCUCCACCACCUCGUGCAUGGGCUAUGCUUCCGCGGAUGGUGGCACUCGCGUGGCCGGUCGUCCUUGCCUACCUGCUGGAGAUGAUGAUUCCGGUGACGGCACUGGCUGUGCUGGGCCAUCUGGACUCGACCGAGGUGCUUGCCGGCGCUGCAUUGGGCACCAUGUUUGUCAAUGUGACUGGUAUGUCGCUUGGCUUUGGUCUCGCUACUGCUCUUGAUACUCUCUGUUCGCAGGCUGUUGGGGCGAGGAAGCUCGCCCUCGUCGGCGUCCUCGCCCAGCGCGGCGCACUCGUCCUCAUGGCCUUUGCUGCUGUCGUCAUCUUGGGACUCUGGAUCCACGCGGAGCGAAUUCUCCUGGCACUGGGCCAAGGCGCGCCGCAGGCUGCUGUUGCUGGGCGAUACAUCCGGUAUCUCAUUCCAUCGCUACCGGCGCUGCUGCUGGUAGAGGUGCUCAAGAAGGUCUGCUUUGCCCUGCAGAUUGUCCGCCCGCAGAUGGUCAUCAUGCUCUGCGUUAACGUGCUCAAUGUGAGCGCGCAGGUUGUGGCCAUCCAUGUGCUCAAGAUGCCGUACAUUGCGGUGCCGAUCAUUAUUUCGGUGACAAGCGUGGUGACGCUUGUGGCGCUGGGUGGAUACCUCGCGGGCUCGGGUCAUGUUGCGGCGAUCUGGACCGGUUGGUCGAGCGAGGCCUUCCGCGACUGGGCGCCUUUUCUCCGGCUCGGCGUCCCGGGCCUUGCCAUGCUCUGCCUCGAGUGGUGGGCGUUUGAGGUGCUUGCGCUCGAGGCCGGGCGGCUGUCGACGGCGGAUCUUGCGGCUCAGGUCGUGGUCCUCAACAUCGCCUCGCUUGCGUUCAUGGUUCCGCUUGGUCAGUCGGUAGCGGUCUCGACGCUAGUGGGCAACUUUCUGGGCGCGGCGCAGCCUGGGCAUGCCAAGCGCGCGGCGUACGCGGCGAUGGUGUGUGUGCUUGCGACUGCGGUAACCGUCGGCUCGCUGCUCAUUGGGCUGAGGUACCAGCUUGCGCGGGCUUACACCCGCAACGAGCAUGUGGUCCAGCUAGUGGCACGCUCGCUCGUGGUUGUCGGAUUUUUCCAGCUCUGCGACGGGACGCAGGCUGUGUGUUCGGGUGUCAUCCGGGGGACCGGGCGGCAAGCCAUCGGCGCGCUGGCCAACUUUCUGGGCUACAUUGUGGUCGGCCUCCCGCUUGGCGCACUCCUGACGUUCAAGGUCGGCCUUGGUAUCGAGGGCUUGUGGCUCGGGAUGACCAUUGGUCUCCUCAUCACUUCGUCGUUCUUUGCCUCGCUCGUUCUCCGGCAGGACUGGCAGCUGUGGUCGGAGGUUGCGGUGCGACGGUCGAAUGAGGCCGCGGCGGGGCUUGCCGGUCCAGGCUCCGACAGGAGCGGAAGCGAACUGGCGACCGCGCCGCUGCUGAUCAACAGCGACGGGCGCGCGCGCGUGUCCGAGUCGGGCCCCGAGUCGCCGGCAGCGUUUGUCAUCGACCUCGAGUUGCCAGACUCGAUCGAGUCGGCCGAGUCGGUUUGACUCGUGCGCAGACUAUGCGGAAGACAACGAACAGGCUGCUUGCAGCACGCUGACGAGCGCAAGCGGCCUGGUGUGGUUUUUGGGCGAGACGGUGACCGCGACAAUAAAGCUCUUUGGUAGCUCAA